AUGACUGGCCACAUAACCUCAUCUGUGAAAUUUACAGCUACAGUUUUGGGAGUUGGGUUUCUACGUUCUUUAAUUUUCAUCAUUCAAGUCUUAGCUUCUAGCAAUGUUGCAGAGGAAUUCUCAUAUUACAAGUUGGCACUCCAAUGGCCAAAUUCUGUAUGCAAUGUUGGUGUUCCUUGUUCAAAGAAACCCGAUGAGAUUAAAACGGACUAUCAAAGAUUUUUAAUACACGGACUGUGGCCUUUCUGGCCAAAUAAUUCUGCGCUAGCUCCUUGUCUGGGAAAUGAAUUGACAAGUAGCCAGGUGAAAGGUAUAAAAGAUUCGCUAAAAAAGUAUUGGCCAAACCUUCUUCGCCCAGAUGACUUUAGCUUCUGGAAGUACGAGUGGGCGACACAUGGUAGAUGCCUUGGUCUAGAGCCAUCCGUGUACUUCAACGAUGCAAUUGAACUUAGAACACGCUAUAACGAUUAUAUUGGUUUAAAUGACAAAGGAUGUCGACCGAUCCCCAAUCCAUACAAGCGGAUAACUAUCUAUAAUGCGUUGUAUGAAGCACUUGGCAAAAAACAUGGACAAUUGAAAUGCAACAUGAGAAAUGGUGGUUAUCAAAGCAAACUGGGAUGGAGCUGUUGAUAAAGAAGGGAAAAAGGUUGGCCUCGGAGUAGUAAUCAGAAAUGAGGAAGGUGAAAUUAUGGCUGCUGUUGGUGAACAAAAAAGCUUCAUUUCUAAUCCUGCAAUAGCAGAAGUUUAUGCACUAAGGAAAGCUAUGGAAUUAUGCAGAGAUCUUAAUUUCGGCAGAGUCAUUUUCGAAGGUGAUGCUCAAGUCAUUGUGAAUGCAGUCAAUGAAGAAGAAGAAGACCUCUCCAGUUAUGGAUGUGUCAUUGAAGAUGCCAAGAAGCUGUUAAAGGGAAGGAGUCAAUGGAGUGUCAAGUUUGUUAAUAGAAAAGCUAAUGAAGCAGCACAUUAUCUUGCUAAAGAAGCUUUAUCUUUGUGCUUUGAAAAUGUUUGGAUAGAAGAAGCUCCAGUUUGUAUUGAGAGUAUUUUGCUCAAGGAAAAACUUUGUAAUGCGGUUUUAGAUCA